AUGUCUUCCAUUAUCUCCACCACCCUAACAGUAGGCUACCAGACCCAGGACGGCCACCCACCGAGCCGAGACUGCUCAGGCUCCUCACCAGCAGUCACACCGGCUAAAUUGCCCUCCAACGACGCCGCGCCAAAGGUGUCUUUGCGCUCUCCGGCGCACCCUCGCCCUCCGCAUCUGCGCAAGUUCUUUGUUGGUCGCAUGGUGCUAAAUGCCUGGUUAUUGACUGGUCUACCUUCAACAAUCAACGACGGCCCGUCUUUGGCCACUGGAGAAUGGGUUGAUGCCGUUUUUGCCAGACAACAACGUUUAAUCAAUUAUCCUGAUAUCGUCCUCGCCGACUACCAGCCAACCAGUGCCUAG